AUGAAUGUCUCGCUGUUUACCACAUAUUCCCGACAUUUAAAUCAAUUAUCAAUCAGACUAUCGGUAACUAACAGUGAUGUCGACGGCAACGACGGCUGUCCGCCCGAUGUCUGCAGUUUGGAAAUUACCGGCAAUUGUCUGGUCAUAACAUUGAUGGCCAACAACAACAUCACCGCCGCCGCCGACAGAAAACACGUGCGCUUUGAUUGGACGCGUCAAUCGUUGGCCGUCACGUCAUGUCUGAAACAAUUGCAGGCUUUUGACGGCCAGACAGUCGGCGGCGGCGGCGGUAGUGGUGACCACCGAACCCCCCGCUAUUGUCGGCACAUCUAUAUGACAGUCGACGCCAAAAUGGGUAUUAUACCCAUGAAAUUGCCAAUCAAUAGACCACUUAUGACACCCCUUCCCAUUGAUAAGGAACUAAUGAAUGAUUGGAUUUUCUGUCACAACCAUAAACACAAACCUAACUGUCAGGAGACGACUGUCCCCACUGUUGUUGUUGACGACUAUGAUGUUUGUCAACGAAUCCAUUCAUUGAAUACUAACGAUGAAGUAGUGUCGACAACAACAACAACUACUACUACUACUACUAAUGAGGAGAAGCUUAUUGAAGAAACUGAUAGCCUAUUACAACAACAACUACUACCGUCACCUACUUGUCUGACAUUAUUUGAUCAAAUAAUUGUAAUAUUAAGGGAAAAAAUUUCUCAAAAAUAUCUAUUUGAAUCAAUAGAUAAAAACUAUAGUCUGGCCAUGAAUUUAGUUAACUAUGAAUUUAUUUUGUCAUCAAAUAAUUUGAAUAUCAAUUUAGAUGAUAGUAGUAGUAGUAGUAAUGUUGAACAAUGUGUUAAUUAUUCAAAUAAAACAAGUGUUUUAUAUAAACUAUUUCGACAUAAAACAGUUGAUACAAACUGUAAAAAUCAUUGUAAUAAUAAUACUAUUGUUAGUGAUGUUAGUGUUGUUAGUGUUGUUGAACCCCUACUACAUAGUUAUCGAUUUGCAUUUGAUGUCCAAUUGAUAUUAAUUGAUACACAAUUGAUGGUAACAUUGAUAUCGAAAUUGAUUGAAUCGACAAAAACAAUACUUCCGUUUGAUAUGCGAUUACAAAAAGAUAUUAUUAUUGUUGACGACAAACAACAAGAAAUGUUUUUUGGAUAUUUAGACGUUUGA